CAUAAGGAGGCAUGAGUCUGUGAAAAUGACAAAUGAAACUAGCUGUGAAAGUGGAAUAUACAUAUGAUUACAUGUUAUUACAUGUUUUCUCCAAUGGAUUGGUGACCUGCUCAGGGUGUUUCCUGCCAAUUACUCAAUGACCGCUGGGAUAGGCUCCAGUACCCAGACCCAGAAGCAGAAGAAGUGGCUUAGAAUAUGUGUGUGUGUUAUUUUCGCUCAGAUCGCUCGUGCGAACUACAGCUACAGCAGACAGACACUUUUGGAUAUCAACAUUCAUGGCACAAACAUCGGAUUUACACAUCAGUUUCACUUUAACCAGCUUCCUCCAGAGUUGAUCCGGACACCGGGACCUAGCGAGUCACUCUUGCCGACCGCAAGUGCCCGACGCCGGCGACGCCAGCGCAAACAAAGACGGGGCAAGCGCGGAGGUUUGCGUGCUAAGCUAAGGCUAAACCCACACCGGCCGGCGUUACCUAGCGUUUUUCUCGCCAAUGUUCGCUCGCUGCCGGGAAAGCUGGACGAAUUAAAGAUCUGGACCCUCACACAGAGAUGGCUCAGGGACUGUAAUUUGAUGUUUUUCACGGAAACGUGGCUAAGGGGCGAUGUGGCGGACAGCGUGGUGGAACUGGAGGGACGUGCGCUGUUCAGAGCUGACCGGUCAACCGCGACAACGGGGAAGACCCGCGGCGUAGGAACCUGUAUCUACGUAAACAAAGCGUGGUGCACGGACUCUGUUGUAGUGGAAACCCACUGCUCUGCGGACCUGGAGUUCCUGACCAUUAAAUGCAGGCCCUUUUUAUACGGCUCGUGAGUUUAGCUGCUGUGGACGAAACCAGUCCUGCGUGUUCGUUGAUGCAAAAUAAAUGAGACGAGUAGAUCAGACUGAAGUGAAACAAACGGUUUUAUUACAGAAUUCUGGAGAGGUUACAAACAGAGAACAUGCAUCAUGUAUCUCCCAAGUAAGCUCUGACCCCUUCUCAUCUGACUCCCUUUUUAUAGUCGCAUGGCCGCUCCUUCCUUACCCAAGAUAUCAGUAGAUUCCAUCAAGCCUCCAAUUGUGUGUGUUAGGCCAUCUCACCAAUCCACAUCAUAAAAGUUUAAGGAUGCGCUCGAGACGUGAGCGCGUCUGCAAGGUCAGCUUAAGGUAUUCCCUGUGUUUACCAACUCCCCCCGUUUUCCAGACAAUGGCUCUGCUUA